UCGUCGCUCUGGACGCGCCGCGCGUCCUAGUGUGUCUCUCGCGAUGAGUCCGGGGCUGGCGGUCCGGGGAGAAAGCUCCCCGGAGCCAAAAGAAUGAAGGGGAUGUCGGCUGAACAAAAGACUGGCUUUUUAAGUCUUACAGAAGAGAGGGGAAGGCGGAGUUCACGGAGCCGCCCGCGAUGGUCGCGCUUACUGUGACGUCCAAUGGCAGAGGCCAAAGGGAUUCCCAGGGCAGCCUCGCGGGAGAGAGGCAGAGAUGUCUAAACACGGCACUUGUCACGUCUGAAAUUAUCUUGGUUUGUCUUUUGAUCCUCUAUUAUGUCAGGCCGGGGACUUUAAAUCUCUUAACCCCGGCAUUUCUCACGUAGUAGGCACUCAAGUAUUUGUUCCCUGAAAUAAUACUCCUGACCUGCUCACUUAUGAAAAUAAUAACCAACAGAGAAACGACGGUGACAUCAGCCAAACGUUUGUUAGACAUUUAACUAUGUGCCAGGUCCUUGCUGUAUUCUUUCUCCUGGUGAUUUUCUGGCUAAUAAUCUAAUCUGAAGCCUUAUGCUCUUCAUCAGAAAAAAUGUUUUGUGGCAGGGGCUGGAAGAAAGCUGAGACCACAAGUCACUGAUCAGCCGGCAGACAUGAUGAGCACCAAGGCUUUUACACUGGUCUCUGCUGUGGAGCGGGAGCUGCUGAUGGGCGACAAGGAGCGUGUUAACAUAGAAUGCGUGGAGUGCUGCGGCAAGCACCUGUACGUGGGCACCAAUGACUGUUUCAUCUACCACUUCCUGCUGGAGGAGAAAACUCUGCCCUCUGGGACAGCCUCCUUCACUGCCACUAAGCAGCUGCACAGACACCUGGGUUUCAAGAAGCCAGUGAAUGAGCUGCGGGCGGCGUCAGCCCUCAACAGGCUGCUGGUGCUGUGUGACAACUGCAUAACACUGGUCAACAUGAUGAGCCUGGAGCCCGUGCCCUCGGGGGCCCGCAUCAAGGGGGCCGUGGCUUUCGCCUUGAACGAGAACCCUGUGAGCGGCGACCCGUUUUGUGUGGAAGUCUGCAUCAUCUCUGUCAAACGCAGAACCAUCCAGGUGUUCUUGGUGUAUGAGGACCGAGUUCAGAUCGUCAGGGAGGUGUCGACGCCGGAGCAGCCCCUGGCCGUGGCUGUGGACGGCCACUUCUUGUGCCUGGCCCUGACCACCCAGUACAUCAUACUGAACUACAACACGGGUGUUGCCCAGGACCUGUUUCCUUACUGCAGCGAGGAGAAGCACCCGAUUGUCAAGAGGAUAGGGAGACAGGAGUUCCUGCUGGCGGGCCCCGGAGGGCUGGGCAUGUUUGCCACAGUCGCUGGGAUAUCUCAACGAGCCCCUGUGCACUGGUCGGAGAAUGUGAUCGGGGCAGCCAUUUGCUUUCCCUAUGUCAUAGCACUCGAUGAGGAGUUCAUCACAGUUCACAGCAUGCUAGAUCAGCAGCAGAAGCAGACCCUGCCCUUUAAGGAAGGCCACAUUCUACAGGAUUUUGAAGGAAGAGUGAUUGUCGCCACAAGUAAAGGAGUUUACAUCUUGGUUCCAUUACCUCUGGAAAAACAAAUACAGGAUCUUCUAGCAAGCCGUAGAGUGGAAGAGGCUUUGGUUUUAGCAAAAGGAGCCCGGAGGAACAUUCCAAAAGAAAAAUUUCAGGUAAUGUACAGAAGGAUCCUACAGCAGGCUGGGUUUAUACAGUUUGCACAACUUCAGUUCCUGGAAGCUAAAGAGCUCUUCAGAAGCGGCCAGCUUGACGUCCGGGAGCUGAUCUCUCUCUACCCCUUCCUGUUGCCCACCUCCUCUUCAUUCACACGGUCUCAUCCUCCUCUCCACGAGUAUGCAGACCUGAACCAGCUGACCCAAGGGGACCAGGAGAAGAUGGCCAAGUGUAAGCGUUUCCUCAUGAGCUACUUGAAUGAAGUCCGCAGCACGGAGGUGGCAAAUGGCUACAAAGAAGACAUUGACACAGCCUUGCUCAAGCUGUACGCGGAGGCUGACCACGACAGCCUACUGGACCUGCUGGUCACAGAGAACUUCUGUCUUCUAACAGACAGUGCUGCCUGGCUGGAGAAGCACAAAAAGUAUUUUGCACUUGGGCUGCUCUAUCAUUAUAAUAACCAAGACGCUGCGGCAGUUCAGUUGUGGGUGAACAUUGUGAAUGGGGAUGUUCACGAUCCCACUCGCUCAGACCUGUACGAAUAUGUUGUCGAUUUCCUUACCUACAGCUUAGACCAAGAACUAGUGUGGAAGUAUGCUGAUUGGGUCCUGCAGAAAAGUGAGGAGGUUGGAGUGAAAGUUUUCACCAAGAGACCUUUGGAUGAACAGAAGAAUAGUUUUAAUCCCAACGAUAUUAUCACUUGCCUUAAGAAAUACCCCAAAGCACUUGUUAAAUAUCUGGAAUAUCUAGUUGUUGACCGGAGACUGCAGAAGGAAGAGUACCAUACGCAGCUCGCUGUGCUGUAUCUGGACCAGGUGCUGCAGCAGCGGCCCGCCGGCAACAGCAAGGACACAGAAACCACGGAGACGCAGGUGAAACUGCGCCGCCUACUCCAGAAAUCUGAUUUGUACCGAGUCCGCUUUCUGCUAGAUAGGAUCCAGGGUGCCAACCUGCCCAUGGAGAGUGCCAUCCUGCACGGGAAGUUGGAGGAGCAUGAGGAAGCCCUGCGCAUUCUGGUACAUGAACUGGGGGACUUCUCGGCUGCCAAGGACUACUGCCUGUGGCGCUCUGAGGGCAGAGACCUGUCCUACCGGCAGCGGCUCUUCCACACACUGCUGGCCAUGUACCUCAGUGCUGGCCCCACUGCGCAGGAGCUGACCGUGGCCGCCGUGGACCUCCUGAACCACCAUGCCACUGAAUUUGACACAGCCCAAGUCCUGCAGCAGCUGCCGGGCACCUGGUCAGUGCAACUGCUCUGCCCGUUCCUGACAGGGGCCAUGAGGGACAGUGUCCACACCAGGAGGACCACUCAGGUGGCUCUUGGCCUGGCCAAGUCUGAAAACUUAAUUUACAAAUAUGAUAAGAUGAAGCUGAAAGAAAGUUCGGUUCGGCUCUCAGACAAAAAGAUUUGCCAGAUGUGCCAAAAUCCCUUUUGUGAGCCCGUGUUUGUUAGAUAUCCAAAUGGGGGUCUCGUCCACACCCACUGUGCUGCCAGCAGACACACAAACCCCAGCUCACCCAGCCCCGGCACUAGGACUUGAAGAGGCCCGCCUGAGGGCGCCAGUGGACCCUGAGUUCACCAAGCCUGCUGGGUGCAAAGAGCAAAAAAUCACUACGCUUGUAUCAAUCAAGACAAAGAAAUGGCAUCUGGGUGCUGGGGAGACUUCAGUCAAUGUGAAACAGGGACUCUACUUACUGUGGGUCACGCUAUAUUGAAUGUACUUGCAAAAUGUCCAAAAUAGAGACAUGUGAGAGUUUGCCCAUGCAGGUACCUAGUAAUCCAAAACAGACGUCUACUUGGAAAAAAAAAUGAGCCUUUCCCGUGCAAUCCAAACAAACUGGAUUCCCCCUCCCCUAUCCCUGCGCCCUGAUCUUUAAAUACAUGUUUGCACUGGAAACAUAUGCUUCAGGUGGCACGGAGUGGCCAGCACACAGAGCUGUGUGGUGGGCAGGUUUCACCUGGUGCACCUUUCCUUCCCGUGGGUGUGUUCUCCCUCCAUGAGGCUUGGCCCUGGGGGCCCUUCCGUUUCCUGGGAUUACCAUGUGGGCUCUGCCUUUGCCCUUGGAAAUGCUGACCUUAGGGAAAUAUUUUUAUUUCUUCCUACUUCCCAUUUGGCUCGCGAUCCCUGAAAGAAUCUGUCUUGUUUACCCAAGCACUCCCUUUGGGUAAAUUCGUCUGCUACUGGCACCCAACUAGUGAAGACCUAACAGAAACUGCUAAAGCUGCAGGAGAGACGCAACUGCCCCAUCAACGGACAGGAGCUCCACGGCAGGCCAGGGCCCGGCUGUGUGUCCUUUCCUGUCGCCUCAUCUGCUGAUUUAAAACUACAAUUAACAUGUUUGACUAAAAAUUUUUAUUUGAACUAUAUCAUCUUUGUAAUUUUUCUCUUGAUUGGAAAUUCAUCUGUCAUAUUCAUUGGGGACAUUUUUCUUGGUAAAAUGUAUCUCCUAUCGAAUACACGGGAAAUGAAAAGGGAAACAUUAUGAGCACAAACCAUGCAUAUUUGCAGAAGAGGCAGGUUUUGCCUCAUCCUCUGAGCAGGGCAGGCAGUGGGGACAGCUGCCUUUGCACAGGACAGAGACGCUUCCUUCCUGACAGUGCUUCCGCACGCCCUUCUGGGAAGUUCAGUCAGGCUGCCUUACCUCCCAGCACUUUACACGCCCGCUCUGAGGUUUCCUGAAAAUACAGGACAAAUGCCUCUGUGCAUCCCCAUCUGGGACAUUCAUCUGUAUUUCUAACAUCGCUGAGAAGAUGAAGCUAUUGUUACUUCACUGCCCUCUUUGAAUUUCUUCAUAGUGAUUAUUGAUUCUGUUAGGAACUAACAAGAAACACUGUACCCUCUGCCAUAACACUUGCCAAAUAAGCAUCCGCUUACGCAUGUGACAAGAGGGAACGCUGGACACACACCCUCUGUCCAUCAGUCUCCGUCGUACUGAUGGGGAGAGGGCGUGGAAGCUCAUUUUCUGUUCUUUAAACUGUUUUCCUGUACUAAUAAUGGUCAGUAUGCUUUUUCCUUUUGUGAUUCUAAGUGGGCCAGAAAAGCAAAGAUAUCCACACGUUCUUUCCUAACUAUGUCUCAAUCUAAAGAAUAAAUGGUGAAGAAAUUCUCCUUGUAAUCCACUGUCUGCUCUGUAAAUUGGUCUGAAUUCAAAGCCUGGUCAUGAGUUGUACCCUGUGGGUGACUAUAAGGGGAUGAUUAUUUACAGAGCCAUUACAGCUUCUGAGUUUGGGAUUUGCUCCUCAAAGGACAAGGUACCAGUACUUGUACUACUGCAUUUUUAAAAGCACUGUUUCUUUGUAUGCAAAAUGCGCAAAAUCUUGAAAAAGACUUGUGAUUGCUCGCUCCUAACUUGGGACACUUCUCUUUUUCCCCUCUGAAUAUAGACCAAUAUUUUGAAAUGUUAGUUAUCCUUUAAAAUGGGAAUUAAAGUUGAACAGUUUUCCAUCUCUGCCAAAUCCUCUAACAAGGCAGAAUUCUUUGACAUUGGGUGGAAUUGUCUACGUUCAAAACCAUAUCUUUCUCUAGCUCCUACAAGAUCCUUUCUCAAAUCAUAUUUUUAAAGAAAUAUGUCUCUUUGUAAAGACCUCCUGUUUGCAACUCUGAUGUGGAAAAGAGCAAUUGAAUUGUCAGUUGGCCCAUUUUUCCCUCAUUAGGUUCAGUAUAAACAUUCUAGUUAAAACAGCAUGAAAUGAACCCAGUUGACAUUAAUAUUCACUGGGCAAUACUGUUUAUCUGCUGUUGCCUGUCAAUUAUUAAUAUAAGAAUGUCAUGUAGGCUGUGGAACAUUGGACCUGAGCUCAGGACAGAAAGCUCAUGCCAAUGAACUUGGUAAAUGUGCAGGGAAGCUGGGGUGACUGGGGGUUGGGGGGUCACCCUUUCAAGUUGAUGCCUGUCACACAGUUAGGGUAGUCCUUGCUUUUUGCCUGCUCCUCUAUGGAAACCUUGUUCUUGCAACUUUAUCCUUUGCCUCUGGUUGUGUCCCAGAUACCCACGAUGUACAAAUGUAAACUUGUUGAUUUUAUUAAAAUUCUCUUACAUUGUUUUUUCUGUAAUUUUUAAAAAAUAAAAAUUGUCUUGGUGAAGCGAGGGUUGCCACUCACACAGAAUCCAGUCCAUAGAGUUCCAGAACUCAGUUGUUCACACCUCAUAGCACCUCCAGCACCUACAAAGGACUGGCAUCAGCCACCCCUCAUAUUCUUUGUUAUAACCUUCUG